CCGCGGGUGGAUGAGGGCCCCGGGGGGUCGCUGACCCGCGGGGUUCCCGCAGGCGGAGCGGCUGGGCGCGGAGGCCCGUCCCCUUCCCCGGGCUCUCCUGGCCGGGGCGCCACGGGGACGGGAGCGGGAUCCCCGGCGCGAUGAAGGACCUGGGAGCCGAGGAGCUGGCCGGCCGGGAGGGGGUCCAGCUCUUCCGGCUGCUGAACCUCUACCUGGAGCGGGAGCAGAGAUUUCAGCCCCGGGAGAAGGGGCUGAGCCUGAUCGAGGCGGCCUCGGAGAAUGACAACACUUUGUGUCCGAGAUUGAGAAAUGUGAAGGUGGAAGAUCUCAGGAGUUUAGCCAACUUUUUUGGAUCACGAACUGAGACGUUCGUCCUGGCUGUCAACAUUUUGGAUCGGUUCUUGGCUCUUAUGAAGGUGAAGCCCAAGCAUUUGUCUUGCAUUGGAGUCUGUUGUUUUCUUCUGGCUGCUAGAAUAAUUGAAGAGGAAUGCAAUAUUCCACCAACCCAUGAUGUCAUCCGAAUUAGUCAGUGCAAGUGUACUGCUUCUGACAUAAAACGGAUGGAAAAAAUCAUUUCUGAAAAGUUGCACUAUGAACUAGAAGCUACUACUGCCUUACACUUUUUGCACUUAUACCACACUAUUGUACUUCGUCACACUUCAGAAAGGAAAGAAGUAUUGAGUCUUGAUAAAUUGGAGGCUCAGCUAAAAGCUUGCAACUGCCGACUAACUUUUUCAAAAGCAAAACCGUCUGUAUUAGCUUUGUGCCUUCUCAAUCUAGAAGUGGAAACUUUGAAAUCUAUUGAAUUAUUGGAAAUUCUUCUUCUUGUUCAAAAGCAUUCCAAGAUUAAUGAUGCUGAUUUCUCUUACUGGAGGGAGCUAGUUUCAAAAUGCCUCGCAGAAUAUUCGUCUCCAGAGUGCUGCAAGCCGGACCACAAGAAGCUUGUGUGGAUCGUCUCCCGGCGCACAGCCCAGAAUCUUCACAACAGCUAUUACAGUGUUCCUGAGCUGCCCACCAUUCCCGAGGGGGGCUGCUUCGAGGAGACUCAGAGUGAGGACUCUUGUGAAGAUAUGAGUUGUGGAGAAGAAAGUCUGAGCAGCUCUCCUCCCAGCGAUGGAGAAUGCGCCUUCUUUUUUGAUUUCAAGGUGGCACAGGCCCUGUGCUUUCAAUCUUAGAAAUCUUGUUGUAUGAAGUAUAAGUUGGGAGGGAGUCCACCUACAGGUUUCUAAGCAAUAAAUGGGGGAUGGUCUUCCCCUCCCCCUUUAUCUUUCAGGAAGGAGUUGCAUGGACUGGAUCCACCUGCUUUCUAUUUGUUACGCAGAUCAGAUCUGGCCUAUUUUCAUAUUUAAUUCUAAGCCAUUAAAUGGGUUUAUGCUUCUUAGACAAGUAGUGAAAAUACUUAGCGUGGCACUUUUUUUUUUCCUCUGAAUAGUCAUGCUUUUUUUAGCUGGGGGGAGGGGGGUGGGUGGUUAGGGGAGGGACAAUAAAACCUUGAAUUACUACUUUUCAGAGGGGUUUGGUUAUUUUUAGAUAAAUGCAGUCUAAAUAUAGAUGGGUCUUUUACAACUUUACAGAAAGCUUCAGGUAUUGUCAUUUAAACAUAUUUGGGAGUGUGCCUAUGCUCUCUUGGCAGGGACAGUGGAUAGCCCUUUUAACAGUUUCACAAAUGUGUCUUCGUGACGGAGGACACAUUCAAACAUGUCAGGAUAUGCUUUUUAAAAAUUGAAUGUAAUAUCCAAUACAGACCCAGCAAAACUUAAAGAUGUAGUAGCCUUGCUCUUGUGCAUUUUAAUAGUUAGUGUCCUAGUUGAAGUUGACCUACUAGCUACAGAAAUAAUUGACAAGCUAAGCUUGGCAAGUAUUUGCAUUCUUUUUAAGUCUAGGUGUUUUAGCCCUUUAGUAUAUGUUAGUGUUUAAAAAAUCCAUAAUUAAAACUAGUUUUUGCAUGCAUAUGUAUAAAAGCUCUUAGUGCUGGAUAAGGUUAUGUAGAACUGGGUACAUGUGGAAUUGAUAAAUUUAGAUGUGACAACACACCUGGUUUGGUUGCAUUGCAAAAAUCACACGUUGGAAUGAUUACAUUGUACGCUUGGAGAGUACAGGAAGUCGAUAGAAUGUAAUUCACAUUUCAAGAAUAACGGUGUUAGACCGGGGG